UUGCCGGCAUAUCCAUAGAAAUUGUUAAUCAAAUCAUGUAUUUUAAAAAAUUCGCUCUGGUCUUGAAUUUCCUUUAGUUCCUUUCGCUCUCUAUGUUUUUGGAAACCUAUACAUAUUAACCAAAAUUGCAACAAACACAAGAAAUCAGGAGGAAACUUGCUAGCCAAUCUGUACACAUUUACCGGUGCGCUUCCCAUUUUUAGGACAUGGCUGUGUGUUGCAAGUGUAAGGGCGUGGUCAAGUUGCGCUCCAUCAAUGCCCUUGGCAAGACAUAUCAUCCACAUCAUUUCACGUGCAGCGACUGCGACAGGCCCAUUGAGUCGUCCACAUUCAAUGUGGUUAAGAACGAGCCGGUCUGCACCGCCUGUUAUGAUAAGAAGCAUGCCUCCAGAUGUUUUGCCUGCGGCACUUCGAUUCUGCAGCGUGGAGUUGUUGCGGUCGGACGCAAGUGGCACGAGAAAUGUUUCCGGUGCGUGAGUUGCGGCAAAUCGUUGGUGUCGUCGACUUUCUUCGAGGUCAACGGGUAUCUCUUCUGCAAGUCCGAUUACCGGGAAUCGUUCUCGUCCCGUUGCGCUGGCUGCGCCGAGCCCAUUGCUAAAAACGCUGUGGUCGCCUUAAACACCAAGUGGCAUGCCAAUUGCUUCAAAUGCAAUCGCUGCUCCCAACCGAUUACCGGCGAAAGUUUCAAGAUUGAAGGCAGUCGGCCUGUGUGUGCGAAGUGUACAAAGUAAUAUGACAUUGUCCGGCGUGUUGAGACUACGUCGUUCAUUUAGUUAUGUCAUGUGUGAAUAAAUAGCUCCAAAUUAUUAGUAACGAGA